AGCGCCGUCCCUGCGCUGCGUCCCCGCAGCCGCCCCGACUCGCGGUGCUGGGCCGCUCGGGGCAGGCGUGGGGCAGCAGGCACAGCACAGCACAGCACUGUCCAUCUGGGGCGGCUGGGAGGGCUCGGUGAGUGUGGGGCACCCAGGGUGGGCCGCGUCCUGAGAUCGCGUGGCAGAAAGAGAUGUGACGUGGGCAGCACAAAGGCUCACAGCCUCACACCUCUGCUGUGUGCCCCAGGGUGGUGAUGGGGAUGGGGGAGGUAUCCCAGGUGCUGGGUAGCUGUGGUGUGCCACACCAAGCAGCCGCAUUUGGGCCGUGAGGCUUGGAUGCACACUGAGCGGGCGGCAUCCAUCCUGCUGCCACGAGGACGUGGGGCGCAGGGCCCUGGGCGUAUCGGAGCUGGGGGCCGUGGGGCUAUGCCAGAAUAGGGGGCUGGGGUGGUUUGUGGGUGCUAGGAGUGUGCUGGAACCCCAUAUCAGCGUGCUGGCUGGGUGCUGGUGGCAGCAUGGAGCAGGGAGUGGGGGUGAUCUGUGAGUGCUGGGGUGCACUAGAGCAGGGGGUGGGGGUGCUGGCAGUGCCAUUGUGCAGGGUUGCCUGCGGCAGCUUCCCCUCCUGCUUCAACACCCCAACAGGGUGUAGUUCUGGUGGCACUGAGCACAGUGGCCACGUCAAAGAACGCCUGUCCGAGGUGUGACAGUGGCAGGAAGUCACAUUAUCUAGGGGGGAGGACAACUCCGCUCACCCACUCACCACCUCUGCUGUCACAGUGAGGCAGCGAUGGCUGGCUGGGGAGAGGACACAGUGAGGACCUGUCCGUUCUGCCCACCGCUGCUGGGGGUGGCACAGUUGCUGCAACACAAGGUCUGGCUGCAGGCAGGUGUUGGGCUGAGCAAGAGCUGUGUCAGUGUCACCCUGCACGCAGCAACCCCGUGAGCACGGCGAGGAGGCAGCUGGGGUGGCCGACAUGGCCAGCAUCAUCCUGGAGAGCAUCUUCUUGAAGCGCUCACAGCAGAAGAAGAAAACAUCUCCCCUCAACUUCAAGAAGCGCCUGUUUCUGCUGACAGAGAGCAAGCUGUCCUACUACGAGUAUGACUUUGAGCGUGGGCGCCGAGGCAGCAAGAAGGGCUCGGUGGACAUUGAGAAGAUCACCUGUGUGGAGACGGUGGUGCCUGAAAACAACCCUCCCCCUGAGCGGCAGGUCCCGAAGAAAGGGGAGGAUUACAACAUGGAGCAGAUCUCCAUCAUUGAGCGGUUCCCCUACCCCUUUCAGGUGGUGUACGAUGAGGGGCCCCUCUACGUCUUCUCCCCGACAGAGGAGCUGCGCAAACGCUGGAUCCAUCAGCUGAAGAGCGUGAUCCGAUACAACAGCGACCUGGUGCAGAAGUACCACCCCUGCUUCUGGAUCGAUGGCCAGUACCUGUGCUGCUCCCAGACAGCCAAGAACGCCAUGGGCUGCAAGAUCCUGGAGAGCAGGAAUGGCAGUUUAAAAGCUGGGCGGUCACAUCGCAAAACAAAGAAGCCUCUUCCCCCUACUCCUGAGGAGGACACGAUGGUGAUGAAGCCCCUGCCCCCUGAGCCAGCCCCCAGUGCAGCAGGUGAAAUGAAGAAGGUGGUGGCCCUGUACAACUAUGUGCCAAUGAAUGUGCAGGACCUGCAGCUUCAGAAGGGUGAGGAGUACCUCAUCCUGGAGGAAAGCCACCUGCCUUGGUGGAAAGCACGUGACAAAAAUGGAAGGGAAGGAUACAUCCCCAGCAACUAUGUCACCGCAACCAGCAAUUCGCUGGAGAUUUAUGAGUGGUACUCAAAGAAUAUCACUCGGAGCCAAGCAGAGCAACUGCUGAAGCAGGAGGGUAAGGAAGGGGGCUUCAUUGUUCGAGAUUCUACCAGCAAGACAGGGAAAUACACUGUCUCUGUUUAUGCCAAGUCCGCUGUAGACCCCCAGGGGAUGAUCCGCCAUUACGUUGUAUGCUGCACCCCUCAGAAUCAAUAUUACCUGGCAGAAAAACACCUGUUCAACACCAUCCCAGAGCUCAUCACGUACCAUCAGCACAACUCUGCCGGGCUCAUAUCCAGACUGAAGUAUCCUGUGUCUCGACACCAGAAAAGUGCCCCUUCCACAGCUGGCCUGGGCUAUGGGUCGUGGGAGAUUGACCCGAAGGACCUGACCUUCCUGAAGGAACUGGGGACAGGGCAGUUUGGCGUAGUGAAGUAUGGGAAAUGGAGAGGCCAAUACAACGUUGCCAUCAAGAUGAUCAGGGAGGGAUCCAUGUCAGAGGACGAGUUUAUUGAUGAAGCCAAAGUCAUGAUGAACCUAUCUCAUGAGAAGCUGGUGCAGCUCUAUGGGGUCUGCACAAAGCAGCGUCCCAUCUUCAUCAUCACUGAGUACAUGGCCAAUGGCUGUCUCCUGAACUUCCUGAGGGAAACUCAGCGGCGGUUCCAGCCUGCUGAGCUGCUGGAAAUGUGCAAAGAUGUCUGUGAAGCUAUGGAGUACCUGGAAUCCAAGCAGUUCCUGCACCGAGACCUGGCUGCUCGCAACUGCUUGGUGAAUGACCAAGGGAUUGUGAAAGUCUCGGAUUUUGGCCUUUCCAGAUACGUCCUUGAUGAUGAGUACACAAGCUCCAUGGGGUCAAAGUUUCCAGUUCGGUGGUCUCCUCCUGAAGUGCUUCUGUACAGCAAGUUCAGCAGCAAAUCCGAUGUGUGGUCGUUUGGCGUGCUGAUGUGGGAGGUUUACUCUUUGGGAAAGAUGCCUUACGAGAGGUUUAACAACAGUGAGACCACAGAACACGUCAUUCAAGGCCUGCGCCUCUACAGGCCCCAGCAGGCCUCGGAGCGGGUCUACGCCAUCAUGUACAGCUGCUGGCACGAGAAGGCCGAGGAGCGCCCCACCUUCAGCGCGCUGCUGGGCAGCAUCGUGGACAUCACAGACGAAGAGCCGUGACCACCCCUAUUCCUUCCCGGUGCCGGUGGCUGGAACUACCGGGCCGUGGACACUGGACAGCACCUGGGCACCCGCUGUGCGCACAGCGCGGGCUGAGGAGCACCACAGAACCCCUCACAAUAAACCCUCCUAACAGCU